AUGACCCACCAAACCCACGCCUACCAUAUAGUUAACCCUAGCCCUUGACCACUCACAGGAGCCCUAUCUGCCCUACUCAUGACGUCCGGCCUGACAAUGUGAUUUCACUUUAACUCCGGCACCCUACUAACCCUAGGGCUAUUAACCAACUCACUAACCAUAUAUCAAUGGUGACGAGAUGUAGUACGGGAAAGCACCUUUCAGGGACACCAUACAGCCGUUGUGCAAACAGGACUACGAUACGGAAUAAUUCUCUUCAUUAUAUCUGAGGUUUUUUUCUUCGCCGGGUUCUUCUGAGCCUUCUACCACUCAAGCCUAGCUCCAACCCCUAACUUAGGAGGCUAUUGACCGCCAGCAGGCAUCAAUCCUCUCAACCCCAUGGAAGUUCCAUUACUCAAUACACUAGUACUAUUAGCCUCUGGGGUAUCUAUCACCUGGGCUCACCACAGCCUUAUAGAAGGAAACCGCAAACAUUCACUACAAGCCCUCCUCAUCACAAUCUCCCUAGGCAUCUACUUCACACUCCUCCAAACCUCAGAGUACUUCGAAGCCUCCUUCACUAUUUCCGACGGCAUUUAUGGAUCAACAUUCUUUGUAGCAACGGGCUUCCACGGUCUUCACGUAAUGAUUGGAUCUACUUUUCUCACCAUCUGCUUCCUACGACAACUAAAAUUCCACUUUACAUCCAAACAUCAUUUCGGCUUUGAGGCCGCCGCCUGAUACUGACAUUUUGUAGACGUAGUCUGGCUAUUCUUAUAUAUUUCUAUCUACUGAUGAGGAUCAU